AUGAUGAAACCUAGACCUUGCGGCUGUAAGGGUUGCAGAACCUGUCUUAUUUGUGAAACAUACUACGGCGCAGAUUCUUUAAAAAAUACAAAACCAUUAGACAAAGAAAAAGGCUACGUGUACUGCCCAUUGUGUAAUAAAGCUUGGAGUGGUUGGGAUAUUGACAUAUAUAAGCAGCAUCCGUAUCAUGAAGGGAAAUCAAUUAUUUAUCCAGGAGUUUAUAUAAAGCUGGACUUUAUAUCUAAGGCAGAAGAGGAAGAACUCAUGAAAAAUAUCGAUGAAGUACCGUGGGAUAUAUCGCAAAGCGGAAGGCGUAAACAGAAUUAUGGACCAAAGACUAAUUUUAAGAAACAAAAAAUUGUUCCUGGCAAAUUUGAGGGAUUUCCGAAAUUCUCUAAAUUUUUGCAAGUUAGAUUUCGAGAGCUUAAUCUAUUGAGAGGUUAUGAAGUUAUAGAGCAAUGUUCCUUAGAGUAUGAUCCAAGUAAAGGUGCAUCUAUAGAUCCUCAUAUAGAUGAUUGCUGGGUGUGGGGAGAAAGAAUCCUUACAGUAAACUGUUUAGCCGACUCAGCACUCACAAUGACACCUUUUAAAGGAGAUUCCAAAAAAUACAAUCUGUAUUGUGCUGACAAUUACCCUCCCCUAGUUGAGACUGAUGGCAGUAUUAAUAUUGACUAUGUUGAUAAAGGAAAAAGCAUGCUAGAAGCUAGUAAACCUUUAGAAGAUAAUGAUGUAAUCAUUAGAAUACCAUUAAUAAGGAGGUCCCUUUUGGUUAUAUAUGGUGAGACAAGAUAUCACUGGGAACAUGCUGUCUUGCGAGAAGACAUAAAAAAAAGAAGGGUAUGCAUAGCAUACCGUGAGUUUACACCACCAUUUAUGGAUAAUGGAGAACAAAAUGCUAUAGGACGAGAGAUAAGAGAUAUAGCCAAAAACUUCUGGGACCACCGGGAAAAAUAUAAAAAUAUUUUACAUGAAAUAGAAAUAGGAAAAAUAAAUUUAAUU